AUGGCAGACGAUUUCGACUCGGAGAUGCUCUCUUCUACUUCCUCAUCCCCCUCCGCGAGAAGUGUCCCUCAGACCCCGGCAGGAAACGGGUUUCGGGAUAAUAUAUCCGGAGUAGCGAUGCCGGAGCUCUCGCCUCCUGGGUCUCAGGGCCCCACGACUCGAGAAGCAACCAUGACGGGCUAUAACGAGAAUGUAAAAGAGUCUACGACAUUGGCAGGCCAGUCAAUGAAUCCUAACCUGAGUGAGGAGGCGGCAGAAGCGUCGACAAGCCAGCUGCCUUCUAUACUGCGGGAGGAGCCCGGCGCAUCAUGGAUGAGCAAGAAAGCAGACGAAGAGGCAAAGAGAGCGCUAGAGUUUGUCGUGGACAAGGAAUUUAGCCUGAAGGAGUUUGGGGACCCGUUUGACGAUAGAGAUAUCAACCCGGCCCAGACUAAAUAA